UCCGGACCAACCAGUUGCCUCUGGACGUGCCGAGCGAGAUGGUGGAGGUGUUCCGCGCGACUGACGCCGCCGCUGCCGGCAAGCGGGUCGCGGUGUGCAUGGUCGGUGGCGUGCGAGCGUUGACUUUGCCAAAUGUGUACAAGUCCAUCGGAGAUAACUUGCUUGGAAAUUUGAAGGACACGGGCGUGGGCGUGGACCUGUUUUUCCUCGGAUCCCUAACCCCCCGGGGUCAUAAUGGUGGAGCGGCCUCCGCGGACACGAUUAGCCAGCCGGAUGACCCGCGGCUGGUGGCCGGGUUGGACUACUUGGAAUCGAAAGUAUCCACCUUUGCGAAGAAGCGGAUCGUGCCGGAUAGCACCUGCGGUGCCGUCGCAGAUGUGAUGGCCGACCAGGGGCGGGGUGUGAGGUCUUCUGCUCCCGGGGAAGCACCACGCUACGACGGUCCGCCCGUGCUGCCCACCUCGCUGUGCACAGACAGGCAGUUUUAUAAAUCAGCCUGGUUUCUGCAGAUGAUGUGGGUUGACGCUUGCUUUGCGGACGUGGAAAAACACGCGGAGGCGCACAACCUGACCUACGACUUGGUGGUCCGCGCCCGGCCCGAUACGGGGUUUUUCGAGCCGCUGGACUGGAACGCGGCGGCCGCGAGCCCGGAGUUUUCGGUCGCGCGAAACUUCCCCACCCUGCCGGCGAGGCCGCCGACGAGUACGAACCGCGUCUGGGACUGGUUCUUUACGGCGCCGUUCCACUAUAUCCCGAAGUUCCGUGCCGGGACGGUUGGGUGGUACGUAAAAUACGACUCUGCCGCGAAUGAGUUUCGGGACAACCUGAACGGCAAACAUGGCCUACCCGACUUCGGCGCCUUCGCCAACUACUCAUUCACGACCGUCGUUCGCAGGCCGUUCCCCGUCACGAUCGUGCGCACGGCAUCGCAGGCGCAAUGUAACUUUUUCGAGGGCUACAAGAAGGAGGGCUUCGAACAAGUGGGCAGCAGACUGUUCGGUGACUGCGAGCAGAAGCAGAGAGACGCGUACUGGGGGCUAUGAUGACAGAGCCGCAGACUGUUUUGUGAUCUUUUCGGGCCGGGGAAACAACCACGAACCACCUCUGCUGGUUAUACGACGGAGAAAUUGUUCCGGACUGUUCAUCGAUUGCACCACUUGCACUACGUUCGAAUUUCUACAGAGAUUAUAAGACUGCAAUGAACAACUACGCGAGCACGUACGUUGAAUGUAUGAUAUAUGAGCAUAUAAGUUUUGCGUGUAAGAUAGAUUUCUAGCACAUUUUCGCGGCGCACGAACCCCAGCGCAGCUUUCAUUGCCCCGUGUAGAAUUUUUUUUAUCUGGCGCGAGAAGUAGGCCGCAACCCCCGACCACGACGAAGAAGCCUGCGCUAUAUGAAAUGAAAAAUUUUGAAACCCAGAUUCUCCAUUCGUUUUUCGUGACUUUACAACUAGGAAGAUAAGUAGAGUAUAUUUUUUGAAGAUGCAGAAGAGGAAGAACCCUAAAUCCUAAACCCCAUAGUAAGAAUCUUCGCUAGCCACAUGAGAUGAAAUGGAAAGCUAGCCUCCACAUGAGAGAAGGUGAAGGACAACUUCGGUAGCCACAAAGUAGAACUAUUGAAAUAGCGCUAGCCGCAUGAGAUGAAAGAAAACCUUUCAAGCGGUUCCAUGUGACCAUCCUAACAAACAACAACAGCUUCAACUUCACACUGCUAAACUAGAGCGGGAAAUGGGCUAUUGAUUUUUAAUUACUCGUACAUUCAGACAAGUACAAGUUGGGAGCUAAAGAUCAUACUGAGAGAGAUACGAAACUUUUUCUAAGCCCUGGAACAUUUUGAUGCCGUCCCCGGGCACGGAAAGAAAGAAAGCCUGCGCUAGGUACUUAAGUAAUUAAAUGCUUUUUGCAAGAUCGCGCUUUUUCUUUUGAUACGAAAUUCAGGCAGCAGGAUAGCGCGCUAGCCUGCAGAAGUCGCGAUCUGCGCGAGGAGCAUAGCGUGCCUGUUUUUUUCUUGCAGUGUGUGGUGGUACAGUAAACCUAAACCGAGGUGGAGCACCGAAAGGGCGAGGACACGAAUUGUAGCAGCGAAAGUCGUUUUUGAUGACCCCGGUGGUGCUAGAAGCAGAAACAACGAAAAGAAAGAGCUUGCUGGUUUGGCGCUCCAAGCUGCACCCCCAGUCUAGAAAUGCGGC